AUGAGGUCGUGUCUCCAUCUGGCUGUGGCGAAUGGCCAGUAUGCGGUCAUCAUGUCGAUACUCGAGUCGCCCAGCUCUGGGAACAUCAUGAAUUGGAAGGAUACCAAGGACAGGACGGCUCUUCAUUUUGCCGCAGAGGCGGGCAACACAGCCAUCCUUGAGCUUUUGCUGAGCCAUGGGGCCAGCACAGCCGCCACAGACCUGGACGAAAGGACAGCACUUCACAUCGCAUGCGAGAACAACAGUGUCGGCUGUGCGGAGGCGCUGAUCCACGCCAGUAAAGGAGAGCUGAACGACCCUGAUAUAGACGGCAUGUCUCCACUCCUUCUUGCAAGUAUGAAGGGACAUCGACAUAUGGUGAAAGUCCUCACAGCGCUCGGGGCCGACAACUCUUGCAAGGACGACCAGAGAAGGACAGCACUGAUGCUUGCUGCGAUGAACGGUCAGACAGCCGUCAUGGCCAUCCUGCUCGAGAACCAGGCAGACUUGUCGGCGACGGAUAAAUACAAGCUUACUGCUCUCCAUUAUGCUUGCUCCAAUAAUCACGCAAAAGCAGUCCGGUUACUCCUGGCGAGGAAUGCUGACGUUACAGCCACAACUCUGAAAAAGGAGACACCCCUUGACUUGGCGGCGAUCAACAUGGCGAGUGAGGCAACCAUUGCUAUUCUACAGAGUGACAAAUGGGAAGAGGCGAUGUCAGUAAGAGAUGACACAGGAUACACACCCAUGCAGAAUCUCAUCGUUAGAAUUCCAGAAGCAGCAAAGAUUGUAAUGGACCGAUGUGUCGACUCUUCUACUGAUGACCCAACCGACAAAGAUCUUGUGAUGCAUUUCAACUACAAAUUCAUCGAUCCACAUCCAGAUGAUGCAAUGUCAGAGGGAACUAGAUGGUGUGCAUUAGAGACGAUGGCGAAACACAAACGGAAGGAGCUGUUGUCCCAUCCACUGUCCCAGAACAUCCUCUCGGUCAAGUGGACCAGGUUUGCCCGUUAUCUCUUCUACGCCAACCUGGCCACUUAUGUCCUCUUCGUGGUUCUAAUGAUGGUGUUCAUUUUAACUGUCGGCGAGCCAAUCCGAACUAGUCAUGUUGAUGACGUCAAUUUGUGCCCAAUAUACAUGCCAGAGGGCCAAGAGGACAAUGCUACUCUGCUGCAAUAUUACAAGGAGCUCGUGUGGGUCAACAAGUCGCUUUCUGUCCAGCGCUUUGUUGAGUUACCGCGGCAAGUACUAUCUGACUAA